AUGUCCCAUUCCAGCCCCCUCCACCACUUCCUCCGGCAUGUUUCCAUCCCUCCGGACCCGCACCUCCUCCCCACCGCGUUCAAGUCAUGCCCGACGUUGCCGCUCGCCCGCGCUCUCCACGCCGCCGCCGAGGUCACCGGCCUCGUGCGGGACCCCUUCGUCGCCUCCUCGCUCCUUCAUGCCUACCUUCGCCUCGGCACCACGGCCAACGCCCGCGCCGUGUUCGACGGAAUGCCGCGCCCGCAGAGGACCGUCGUCGGUUGGAGCGCGCUGGUCGCGGCGCACGCGGCGCGCGGGGAAGCCGAGGGCGCCUGGCGCCUACUCGAGGAGAUGCGGCGGGACGGCGGCGUGGAGCCGAACGUCAUCACCUGGAACGGGCUCGUGUCUGGGCUCAACCGCAGCGGGCGUGCCCGGGACGCGGUCGUGGCGCUCGUGAGGAUGCACGGGGAAGGGCUCCUGCGUCCUGAUGCCACGGGCGUCUCGUGCGCGCUCUCUGCCCUUGGCUACGUGGGUUUGGUUUCGGUGGGCGAACAGCUGCACGGAUACGCAGUGAAGGCAGGUUGCAGGGUGGACGCCUGUGUGGUCACCGCCCUCAUCGAUAUGUAUGGAAAGUGCGGGCGGGCCGCGGAGAUUGUCCGGGUGUUUGAUGAGUCUAGCCACGUGGAUGUUGCUUCUUGCAAUGCCCUCAUCGCGGGGCUAUCUCGGAACACGCAAGUCUCUGAGGCACUAAGGAUGUUCAGGGAGUUUGUUAGCUGGGGACUUGAGCUGAAUGUCGUGUCCUGGACCUCGAUUGUUGCUUGUUGUGUGCAGAACGGUAAGGAUUUGGAGGCUGUGGAACUUUUCAGGGAGAUGCAGGCACAAGGGAUUGAACCAAACUCUGUCACGAUCCCUUGUGUGCUGCCAGCGUUUGCCAAUGUUGCAGCUCUGACGCAUGGGAGGUCAGCGCACAGUUUUGCUCUCAGGAAGGGCUUUCUGCAUGAUGUUUAUGUGAGCAGUGCGUUGGUGGACAUGUAUGCAAAGUGCGGCAGGGUUAAGGAUGCGAGAAUAAUAUUUGACGCAAUGUCAUCUCGGAAUGUGGUGUCAUGGAAUGCGAUGAUCGGUGGCUAUGCUAUGCAUGGAGAGGCUGUGAAUGCAGUUCGGUUGUUUCACUCAAUGCUGGUGUGCAAACAGAAGCCUGACAUGGUCACCUUCACCUGCGUGCUUGCUGCUUGUACCCAAGCCGGCCUGACAGAGGAAGGGCGUCACUAUUUCAAAGAAAUGCAUGCUGAAUAUGGUGUUUCUCCGAGGAUGGAACAUUAUGCAUGUAUGGUUACUCUUCUAGGACGUGCUGGCAAGCUUGACGAGGCAUAUGAUCUCAUAAGUGAUAUGCCAUUUGAGCCAGAUGGAUGUAUUUGGGGUUCGUUAUUAGGCUCUUGCCGCGUUCAUGGCAAUGUGGAUCUGGCUGAGGUUGCAGCAGAAAAGCUCUUUCGUCUAGAGCCAGAAAAUGCUGGUAAUUAUGUCCUGCUUUCUAACAUUUAUGCUUAUAAGAAAAUGUGGGAUGGGGUUAAUAGGGUUAGAGAGAUGAUGAAGGAUGUAGGCUUGAAGAAGGAAAAGGGCUGUAGCUGGAUCGAGAUCAAGAACAAGGUGCAUAUGUUGUUGGCUGGUGAUGAUUCACACCCUAUGAUGACUGCGAUAAUUGAGAAACUAAAGCAGCUUAAUGUUGAGAUGAGGAAGCUAGGCUUUGUGCCAAGCACAGAUUUUGUCCUACAUGAUGUGGAGGAACAAGAGAAAGAUGAUAUCCUUGCUGUUCACAGUGAGAAGCUAGCUGUCGCUUUGGGACUCAUAAGCACUAGCCCAGACACAACCCUUCGGGUGAUAAAGAACCUCCGAAUUUGUGGCGACUGCCAUGAGGCAAUGAAAUUUAUAUCAUCUUUUGAGGGGAGGGAGAUAUCUGUUAGAGAUACCAACAGGUUCCAUCACUUUAGGGGUGGAAAAUGUUCCUGUGGGGAUUAUUGGUGA